CAGAGAAUCUCUGUCAGUUCUUUGCAAUUAUUUUUUUGAGGAUUGUAUGAAGUAAAAAUAAUAAUUAAGUAGCUCGAUUUUUAAUUUUAUUUAUAGGCACACAUUUUGCACAACCCGUCGCAUCCCGGAGCAAGAAUGGAGAUUUCGUUGCAAGACGGCGACCAUGUCGAUGAUCAAGACCAAGAUAACGACGAAGAACCCAUGGUCCUCACAUCUGCCGAGGUUUUGCUUCGGUUGGAACACGGCUGGAUGAAUGAGAAAAUGUCGCCAGAUGUGCUGCCCCCCUUGGAACAGGAGAAGGAUGCGAUGCUUGGCCAGAUAAAGGUUAUGGAGAGAAAUGUCAUCACGUUGGAUAAAAAGGAUGUUCGGACAGAUAUUCACAAAUUAGAGCUGGAACGGAUAAAGUACAUCGUGGUAUCGUACAUGAGGACACGAUUCUUCAAAGUCCAGCGGAUGUCGUUUGCCCUUUACGAGGCUGAAAUGAAGCGGCCACGAGGCGAGGAGUCCGUCCUUUUCAAGGAAGAAUUCACCUUCUUAAAAAAUUUAGCCACCCGGACUGCCGACUACUUGAAGGAAACGCUCAUCUCAAAAAUGCCUCCCAUUCUGCAGAAGUUUGAAAUCAAGAAAUUCCGGGUACUUCCACAGAUGGAUGCGUUCGUGUUUUUUCGCGUCGUUGAAAACCAAACGGUGGAAGUGGGGAUUAGCAUUGACGAAUUUGUCACAAUCGAUUUGGAGGAAGGAGACUUGCACUUUAUGCGGUACGAAGCUGUUUCUCAUCUCGUAGCGGGUGGGGCCGUCCAGCUCAUUUGAAGCUAAUAAAAUGCUAGCUAAUUAAUAAUUAGUAACUAUACAUAAAAAUGGUAAUUUUACUGUGACUGCAUAUUACGGCAUGAUUAUGGUGACGUGUCCGUUUGAUUCUGAGCUGCAGACUCUGCAAGUUAGCUUAUUCAAUUAUUACUUCAAAUGGGUGUCAUUUGUUAAAUUCGUUUCUAAAUACAUAAAUUAACCAGUUUUAGAGUCGGACGCGAAACGAAGGCGACAAUUUCCUCUUGUUAAUGAUGUAGAUUUCACUACUAUUUUAUCUUACAAAUUGUAACUGCUAAGGAUAAUAGUUUGUUUCAAUUUAGUGUUACUGUUAAAUAAACCACA